AUGAACUCCCUCCUCGUCCUCGUUCUCUGCGCCGCUGGGCUCUGCAUAGCCUUCAGUAUUGCCAAUUCCUGCUGGUCACAUCUCCGGUACGACGCUAAAGGCAAAACCAACGGCUGCCACCGUGCUUCGCGCAUGCUCUCCAUGGACCCCUUCACCUCACGCUUCUUUCUUGAUGCUUUCAAGGCAGAUAAUGAGAAGAACGUUCCUGAGUUAAUAGUGAAGCGGUAUGGGAAGAUGAAGCGCGUUGGAGCCUUGGGUAAGGAGAGAAGCAAUGCGAUCCCAUCUUUGCUUGGAAGUGGUAUCCAAGUACUUGAUGUACCAAGAUGGGAACAUCAACGUAUCGUUCUCCGACCUUCUUUCGUAUGGAGUCAGAUAUUCGGUCUUGGACAACAAGAAGCAAACAUUCAGCAUUACCCAACAGAAUUUUCCGGCUAG